UAUAAUAAUAGUUAUUGGAAAGGAGGGAAAAACUCUCUAACACAGCGAAGGAAAUUCACUUUAGCUUCUCCACAAAACCCCAAGCCAAAUCCUUAGCGGUUGUAGUCACUACUCCUCUGCUCUUCCACGUUCUCUCUCAACCAGCAAUGGGUAUUAAGGGUUUAACGAAGCUUCUAGCAGACAAUGCGCCAAAGGCCAUGAAGGAACAGAAAUUAGAGAGCUAUUUCGGCCGCAAGAUUGCCAUCGACGCCAGCAUGAGCAUUUACCAAUUUCUCAUUGUGGUGGGUCGUAUGGGGACUGAAAUGCUCACCAAUGAAGCCGGUGAAGUUACCAGUCAUUUGCAAGGCAUGUUUACUCGGACAAUUCGGCUUCUUGAAGCUGGGCUUAAACCUGUCUAUGUUUUUGAUGGGCAGCCUCCAGAUUUGAAAAAACAAGAGCUUGCUAAGCGUUACUCAAAGAGGGCAGAUGCUACUGAGGAUUUGCAAGAAGCCAUGGAGACUGGAAAUAAGGAGGACAUUGAAAAAUUCAGCAAGCGGACAGUAAAAGUGACAAGGCAGCAUAAUGAAGACUGUAAACGGCUUUUAAGACUUAUGGGGGUGCCUGUGAUUGAUGCUCCUUCUGAAGCAGAGGCUCAAUGCGCUGCACUCUGCAAAUCUGGAAAGGUUUAUGCUGUGGCUUCUGAGGACAUGGACUCUUUAACCUUUGGAACUCCUAAAUUUCUUAGACACUUAAUGGACCCUAGCUCAAGAAAAGUUCCAGUCAUGGAGUUUGAUGUUGCAAAGGUUUUGGAAGAGCUGAAUCUUACAAUGGAUCAAUUCAUUGACUUGUGCAUUCUUUCCGGAUGUGAUUAUUGUGACAGUAUUCGAGGUAUUGGGGGACAGACAGCUUUAAAGCUAAUUCGUCAACAUGGAUCUAUAGAGGAAAUACUUCAGAACAUAAACAAAGAGAGGUACUCAAUACCUGAUGAUUGGCCAUAUGAAGAGGCUCGACGGCUUUUUAAAGAACCAUUAGUCUGCAUGGACGAUGAGCAACUUGAGAUGAAGUGGAGUCCUCCAGAUCUUGAAGGGUUGAUUACCUUUCUGGUGAAUGAAAAUGGAUUCAAUAUUGACAGAGUGACGAAGGGAGUAGAGAAAAUUAAAGCAGCCAAGAACAAGUCUUCACAGGGCCGACUAGAGUCCUUUUUCAAGCCAGUUGCUAACACAUCUGCACCAAUUAAACGAAAGGAAAUACCUGAGAAGACAGGUAAAGAAACUAAUAGUAAAAAGCUCAAGGCUGGUGGUGGUAGGAAAAAGAAAUAGUUGAAUUAGGGGUGAGCAGAGCAACUGCAUUGUAUGGGAUUUGGACUGUUUUGUUUUUUGUAAUGAAUUUUCACUUUUUUAACUUAUGGGUUUUAUAGUUUCUUAGUAAAUUGGAAACUUUGAUCUUUGAUUAGUGUA